ACAAGAAGAUCCUGGAACUCAUGUCCAACAUCAUCCAGCUGCUGACUGGAGAGGUUGCCAUAAGGACUCAUCAUGUUUCCAUCUAUUUUUCCUUGGACGAGUGGGACUAUAUAAAAGGAAACAAGGACCUUUACAGGGAAGAGAUAAAGGAGGAGGAGCCCCAGCAACUCCGCCCACUGGACAGUGAAUAUGAAGAUAUGAGAGAUAUUACAGCUGAUCUGGGAGGAACAUUAUGUUAUAAUAAUGAGCCAAGCAAGAUUGGGGCUGAAAGAGCAGAAUUUUGUGCCAACGAAAGUCCCACAAACCUUGAAAUUUCUCCAGUGGAACAGCCCCCACCAGCCAAUGGGAUUAAAGAGGAAGCUGCUUUGUGGGAAGAGGGAAACCAAUCAGAGUGCAGCAAUAAUCCACUUACAGAACAGAUAAAGGGAACAGAUACACCUGCUCCUAUCAUGGAAUACAGCCUGAAUAAUAACUUGUCAGCUAAUUAUAUAUCAAAUGGAAUUAAAGAGGAAACAGCUUCAUGUGAAGAGGGAAACCAUUCAGAUGGCUGUGUAGAUUAUCCCACAGAACAAGUACAGGGAACAGAUGCACCUAUUCCCAUCAUGAACAUGUAUAACUGUUCUGAGUGCCAUAAACAGUUUAGUACUAAGGCCGGUUUCCUCAAGCACCAGAAAACUCACACUGGAGCAAAACCAUUUGUCCGUUCUGGGUGUGAGAAACUUUUUGUGGGUCAUUCUGAUCUAACUGCACAUGAAAGAAGUCGCACAGGAGAGAAACCAUUUACUUGUUCUGAAUGUGGAAACUUUUUUACAGAUCGGUCAGGCCUAAGAACCCAUCAAAAAUAUCACAGAGCAGGGAAACCAUUUUCCUGCUCUGAAUGUGGGAAAUGUUUUACCCGUCGUUCAGGCCUUACAGCACAUCUCAGAAUUCACACAGGAGAGAAACCAUUCACUUGUACUGAAUGUGGGAAAUGUUUCAGAAAUCAUGGAGGCCUAAGAAUCCAUAAAAAAUAUCACACAGGAGCGAAACCAUUUUCCUGUUCUGAAUGUGGGAAAUGUUUCACCCGUCGCUCAGGCCUCAACACACAUCUCAGAAUUCACACAGGGGAGAAACCAUUCACUUGUACUGAAUGUGGGAAAUGUUAUCGUAGUUACAGAGAGCUUGGAAUGCAUACAGUAAUUCACAGAGGAGAGAAACCAUUUUCCUGUUCUGAAUGUGGAAAAUGUUUUACCCGUCGCCCAGAGCUUACUUUACAUCUCAGAGUUCACACGGGAGAGAAAUCAUUCCCUUGUACUGAAUGUGGCAAAUGUUUCUACCGUAUGUCACUGCUUACCAGACAUCUCAGGAUUCACACAGGAGAGAAACCAUUCACUUGUACUGUAUGUGGCAAAUGUUUUGCCCGUACCUCACACCUAAAUGUACAUCUGAGAAUUCAUACAGGAGAGAAACCAUUCACUUGCACUGAUUGUGGGAAAUGUUUUGCACGUCGUUAUCUGCUUACUGCACAUUCCCAGUUACACACAGGAGAGAAACCAGCUGAAUGGGAUGUUUCAAAGGGGAAAAAGUAUCUGUACAAGAAAGGGAUCAAGAAGAAUUCCCGGCAGCUCCGCCCUCUGGACUGUGAAUAUGAAGAUAAGAGAGAUAUCACAGCUGAUCUGGGAGGAACAUUAUGUUAUAAUAAUGAGACAAGCAAGAUUGGGGCUGAAGGAGCAGAUUUUUGUACCGAUGGAAAUCUCACAAACUCUGAUAUUUCUCCAGCAGAACAGCCCUUUCCAGCCAAUGGGAUCAAAGAGAAAGCAUCUUCAUGUGAAGAGGGAAACCAAUCAGAUUGCAGCAUUAAUUCACUUACAGAAGAGAUACAGGGAACAGACACACCUACUCUUGACAUGCAAGACUGCAAUAAUGACAGCUUGGAAGAGGAUUAUUUGUCCGUUAUUAUUAAAAAUGAACCAGAUUCAUGGGACGAGGAAAACCAAUCAGAUUGCAGCAUUAAUUCAUUUACUGAACAGAGGGCAGAUACUCCUAUAAAUAGCAACUUGUUAGGUAUUAAAGACAAUCUGGCAUCAAUUGAUGGGGGAAACCAUUCUGCUUCCAGCAUGAAUACAUCAUUGGUUGAGAGACAGGGAACCAGUACAUCUGGCGCCUUGCACCCAGAUAUACCCCUCCUCACAGGACUGUAUCCAUGCGCCGAGUGCGAUCAACAUUUUAUGACUAAGGGCGGACUUGUCCGCCAUCGGAAAACUCACGCAGCGACGAAACAAUUUAACUGUUCUGUGUGUGAGAAAUCAUUUGCACGGGAAGCAGAACUUGUUGUACAUAACAGAAGUCACACGGGAGAGAAACCGUUCUCUUGCCCAGAAUGUGGGAAAUGUUUUUCUCGUCUCUCGUACCUUAAUAGACACCAGGGAAUACACAGCGGAGAGAAACCAUUCCCUUGUUCCCAGUGUGGGAAACAGUUCCGAUAUCUCUCGGAGCUCAGCGUACAUUGCAGAAGUCACACAGGGGAGAGACCGUUCUCUUGUAAUGAAUGUGGGAAACAGUUUAAACAUCAGUCAAACCUUAUUAUACAUAACAGACUUCAUACCGGGGAGAGACCCUUCAUGUGUACUGAGUGUGGGAAUGAUUUUAAAGACCGCAAAAGCCUUACUGUGCAUAAGAGAAUUCAUACAGGGGAGAAACCAUUCACUUGUUCUCACUGUGGCAAAAGUUUUGCUCAUCGCUCCUAUUUUAAUAGACACCUCAUACUUCACGAAGACGAAAAAGCGUUUACUUGUCCUCACUGCGACAAACACUUCACCUCUCGCUCACACCUCCACGUACAUCUUAGAGUACACACAGGAGAGAAACCCUACUCCUGCUCUGAGUGCGGGAAAUGCUUCACUCAUCACUCGCACCUUACGGUACAUUACAGAACACACACAGGGGAGAAACCAUUUCCGUGCUUGGAUUGCGGGAGGAGAUUUAAAGAUCGCUCAAAUCUCAGAGUCCAUCGUAGAACUCACACGGGGGAGAGACCGUUUUCCUGUACUGAAUGCAGCAGAUGCUUUACACGCCGUUCUCUGCUGACCGCACAUUUCCAGUUUCACGUCCGAGAGAGAGAAUAUCUGGAAAACGAGUUUCUGCUUGCAAUGAGCGAGAAAAGUGACAAUGUUGCCAUAAGGACUGACCAUGUCUCCAUCUAUUUUUCUUUGCAGACAUUGGAGAAUUUAAAAACAGACACGGCCGGUAUCACAGAGGGAACAAAAGAGGAUCCACCACAGCUCUGCCCAUUGGACCGUGAAUAUAAAGAUAAAAGAGAUAUCACAACUGAUCUGGGAGUAACAUUAUGUUAUAAUAAUGAGCCAAACAAGAUUGGGGCUGAAGGAGCAGAAUUUUGUGCCAAUGGAAAUAUCACAAAGCUUGAAAUUUCUCCAGUGGAACAGCCCCCACCAGCCAAUGGAAUUAAAGAGGAAGCUGCUUUGUGGGAAGGAGGAAACCAAUCAGAUUGCAGCAUUAAUGCACUUACAGAACAGAUACAAAGAACAGAUAUACCUACUCCUAUGAUGCGAUGCAGCCUGAAGAACAGCUCGGCAGAGAACUAUAUGUUAAUUGUUAUAAAAGAUGAACCAGCUGAUUAUGAACCAAAAGCUAUUCAAGAAAAUUUGGUUUCAUGUGAAGGGGGAAACCAUUCAGUUUCUGGCAUGAAUAGUUUGAUAAAACAAAAGCAGGGAACAAGUACAUCUGUCACAAAGUGGAGUCUACAUCAUAGCUUAGCAGAAAUGGGCCAUGGCUCACAUGCAGCUAGCGAUAGCAUCAAUGUUAUUUACAACUGUCCUAAGUGCCAUCAACCCUUCAGUACAAAGGCCGACCUUGUCAGGCAUCAGAAAACUCACUCCGGUGAGAAGCUGUUUGCCUGUUCUGUGUGUGACAGAGGUUUUGCACGGCAGGCACAACUUAUUGUACAUCACAGAAGUCACACCGGAGAGAAACCAUUUUCCUGUCCAGAAUGCGGGAAAUGUUUUUCUCGUCUCUCGUACCUUAACAGACAUCAAAGAGUACAUAGCGGAGAGAAACCAUUCACUUGUUCUGAGUGCGGGAAACAGUUUAGAUGUCACUCAGAGCUAAGUGUACAUUGCAGAAGUCACACAGGGGAGAGACCGUUUUCUUGUUCUGAAUGUGGGAAACAUUUCAAACAUCAGUCAAACCUCAUUAUACAUAACAGACUUCAUACCGGGGAGAGACCUUUCUCAUGUUCUGAGUGUGGGAAGGAGUUUAAAGAACACAAAAGCCUUAAUGUGCAUAAGAGAAUUCACACAGGGGAGAAACCAUACACAUGUUCUCACUGUGGGAAAUGUUUUGCCGAUCGUUCUUAUUUCAACAGACACUACAAGCGCCACGAAGAAGAAAAACCCUUCUCUUGUUCUCACUGUGGGAAACUUUUCACAUCACAGUCAAAUCUUCAUGUACAUCUUCGAGUUCACACCGGAGAGAGGCCGUACUCUUGCUCAGAGUGUGGCAAAAGUUUUAAACAUCAUUCGCACCUUACCGUACAUUACAGAAUACACACGGGAGAGAAACCCUUUACUUGUUUGGAGUGCGGUAAAAGUUUUAAAGAUCGCUCAAAUUUUAGAGUUCAUUGCAGAAUUCACACAAGGGAGAAACCAUUCCCGUGCACUGAAUGCGGGAAGAGUUUUAGCAGCCCCUCGUGCCUAAAAGUGCACAAAAGAAUCCACACAGGAGAGAAACCAUACAGUUGUUCUGAAUGAGGAAAAUGUUUUAUCUUACUAAAGUCGAUGUAGAAUGUAUAGACUGAAAGUGGGAAAUGCUCUCUACACCUUUCUCAGAUCUCUGCAUAAUCCCAAUUUCACACUGGAGAGAGAAACCAUCUUUUGUAUAUUCGCAAUGAUACAUUAGUGGAGUCAUCAUUUCAGUGAUGUCAAAUCAUGAUUUGGCUUUGAUUUUCGAAAGUUCAAUAGACUGGAACACAAUGUUUCAGCUGUGUAACUUGUAUUGUAAGUUUUGUGCCAUAGUUGGGUACAGUUAAUGUUUAUUUAUCAGUGCAAUAUAUCAGCAUGUGGGUGGUGAUGCCAUCAAGUAAAGCUGGCCAUACACACACACACAUAUAAUAGUUUCACACAAUUAUGGACCAUCAGAAUAAUUGACCUGACAAUUUUCAUACCAUGGAUAGAUUAGAACAUUUCUGUCAGAUAACGAUAAUAUCGUUGCAUAUUUUGCCUAUAUUGACAACAUUGGUGACCAUUACUACUAUUUCCAGGAUAUAGCUCCGGUAGAUUGUUGUCUGCCAAUUAAAUGGCCAGAACAUCGUCUGAUUUAUUUUUCCUACUUUAAUCCUACAGUUUAAAUCUGGAUAUCAGUUUUAGAUGGUUGCAUUAAAAUAUACGAUCUAUACCCGCAUACGAAUACAAAUAAAAUCUGAAUGUGUAUGGCCGGCUUUACUCCCUUGUAGGGAUUAUUCCACCCUACUGGAAACAAUGUGCCAUAUAUUAAAACUUUCAAUAUAGAUUAUUAAAAUGUUAAAUUGUUGCUUUUGAAGUAGUUGCAGCAAUGGGCAAAAAUAGAAUGCCAAUACCUUAGUCGAAAAUGGGGGGUUCCCAAAUUUAUUAAGUGCUCUGGACACACAGGUCACGAUCAAACGAUUCGGGACAUCAACUGCCCGAAUGGGAACCCCCCAUUUUCGACUAAGGUAUUGGCAUUCUAUGUUUUCUCAGUACUUACAGCUGGCGGUGGGAGAGGCCAGUACCAUAUACGUUUGAAUUUUUGCAUAUCCGACGAACAUGUAGGGUGGUUGGGCCUUAUGAAAUUGUUGGAGAGUUUUUUCAGCACAUAGUACAUACCUACCAGUGAUGUGCUGGCCAUCCUGAUACCCGCGGGUCGGGUGGGUUCGGCCCAACCUUGCUUCUCCACUUGUGGGUUGCGCGAGGGUUUGGGUUCAUCUCUUCUGCCUGCUCUCCCCCCCGCGACCUUAGACUGACAGCUUUCUGUUUUAUAGAUUUACGUCUGCCCCACCCCUACUACUACUACUCCAAAUCCAUGUUCUUAUGGAAAUCGUAAGCCUGUUACUUUUAUUGGAUGAUUAUUACAAGCACACCAGACUAUGUCUGUGGCCACAUUGUGCCAUUAUGUACCCUUCUUUUUAUUUCCAUGGGAAAGGCAGGGAAGCCCACCUCUUGAAGUUUUACUUUGAGUAUUUCACCAAUGUGCCCUAUAUAACUGACAAACAGAGAGCCCUACUAAGCAACAAGAAUAAGGUUUUGUUCUAAGCCUUUAGUCCAGGAUUUAUAUACUCUUUCUUAAGAUAAUAUCACUGCUGAUAAUACUCAAAGGUGUACAAGGCCCUCAUCUUGAUGAUCUAAUGCUUGCCUUUCCUGGUGGGACCAUCCAGCUGUUCUACUAAUAAUGCUAAGCCCUUUUCUCUCUCCUAGAAUGAGCAGAGUUGGCCCUCUCAAUAGCUAGUGCUUAUUCACUUCACUGAGUAGUAUCCCUUAAGUUAGACUUCUUCUUUAACGGGGUGGUUCACCUUUAAGUUAACAUUUAGUAUGUUAUAGAAUGGCCAAUUCUAAGCAACUUUUCAACUCGCCUUUUUUUAAUAGU